UUGCCUGAGCUGGACAUGGUGCUGUCCGAGCUGGCCGCGCGCCUCAACUGCGCCGAGUACAAAAACUGGGUGAAGGCGGGCCACUGCCUGCUGCUGCUGCGCAGCUGCCUGCAAGGUUUCGUCGGCCGCGAAGUGCUCUCCUUCCACCGCGGCCUGCUCGCCGCAGCCCCCUGGCUGGGCCCCGGCGCCGCCUGUAGCGGCGGCUCACUGUGCAGCCCGCGCGCCCGCCAGUUUCAGCCUCAGUGUCAGGUGUGCGCAGAGUGGAAACGGGAGAUUUUGAGACAUCACAUCCACAGAAAUGGAGACGUGCACUGGGGGAAUUGCCGGCCGGGCCGCUGGCCUGUCGACGCCUGGGAAGUGGCCAAGGCCUUCAUGCCUCGAGGACAGGCAGACAAAAGAGGACCUGAGGAAUGUGAUGCAGUUGCUCUUUUAAGUCUCAUGAACUCCUGUGAUCACUUCAUGGUUGAUCGAAAGAAAAUCACAGAGGUAAUUAAGUGUCGUAAUGAGAUCAUGCACUCUUCAGAGAUGACAGUAUCUUCUACCUGGCUUCGAAAUUUUCAGAUGAAGAUUCGAAAUUUUCUGAAUGAAUUCAAGAAUAUCCCAGAGAUUGUGGCGGCCUACUCCAGAAUAGAACAGCUGUUGACAUCUGACUGGGCUGUUCACAUCCCUGAGGAAGAUCAGCGAGAUGGGUGUGAAUGUCCAGUGGGAAUUUACCUGAGUGAGAGCCAAGUCAAUGAAAUAGAAAUGGCAUUACUGAAGGAAAAACUUCAAGAAAUGUAUCUUCAAGCAGAAGAACAAGACGUGUUGCCUGAAGAGCUCUCAAAUCGACUGGAAGCGGUGAAGGAAUUUCUGAGAAACAAUGAGGAUCUUAGAAACAGUCUUACAGAAGAUAUGCAGAAGCUAGACAGCCUCCAUCUACAGCAUCAAAAACCGGAUUCAAAGGAACCUGGGAGACAGACACCUGAAAGGAGGGCCUGAGAAAUCAUCCACUCCUGACUAUCCUGUUUGUUUCCUGCCCCGUCGUAUGCAGUGGUGUGUGGAGUCAGCCUCACUUUCACCUUCCCCUACAUCUGCUCAUUUCCAAGGCCCAGUGGUACUUGACUGGGUCAUGUCACUUCUGAACCUUCAGGGACAGGACUGCCACAUUCCCCUCUCCCUGGAGUGAAGAUGUGCUCCUGUGCUCCCACCAAGGAUGUAAUCUGCAGAGAAUGGGCAGAGGGUAGGGGUAUAUUUGAUAUACAUUUCUACAUUAAAAUGCAUUUACUAGAAUUCUGUAAAUGCAAAUGUGCUUAUAACUUCCUGCUUUAAUCUUUCCAGUUACUGUUUGGUCUUACAUUUUCUUUCUCACUUCAUUUCAUGGAGUUCCUUGAGAAGACAUUAAUAGUUCAGUAAGAAGAAUUUUCAUUUAUCUUGCAACUCUCCCCAACUAAGAAACUUAAUGAAAUAUUUCUUAGCUUCUAGAUAUGAGAUACAAAACUUGGGAUCAGAUGAAGUCUUGAUUCAUUAACCAAUUUAAGACCUGAUUUCUAACUUUAGGAACUUUGGAUUAUGAACACUUGUAUUUUAUACCUGUGUCUAGUUAGUUUCAAGUGUCUCCCGUGUGCCAGACACUGAAGUAGAUGCAAAUAUAGGAUUUGUAAGGUAUGGGUGAUGGUAUACGAGCUGUCAUCUUAUUGGAUUUCUUUGUCUACUCAAAUAAAUAUAUUGUUCAGAAAACUUUAUACUGGCAUCAUUUAAUUACAUUGAAACAGAGAAAGGAAGACAUGCCCAGGGAGCAAAUGUAGCAUAUACAGAGACAUCAGCCUGUGGGCACCUCUUCGACAGAACUAUAGACGGGCACAGGGAUGUGCACAAAAGGAUGUGAACAGCAGCAUUGUUAACCAGCUAUCAAUAGAGGGAGGACUGGUUAAAUAAAAUAUAGCACAUCCAUACUACAGAGUAUUAUGCAACUGUUGGAAAGAAUGAGGUAAUGCUGCAAUGCAGUAUGUGGGGUUCCCCAGAUCUCCCACUUUCUUUCUGUGUCCAGAUGGAAAAUCAGAGAGAGCCUUGACCCCUCUGUGACCCAGCCAGCUACAGGUUCCUCCCAGCAGGCUUGAAACAAAACCAGGUCCUUGAACAUUCCCAGGUACUGAGACAGGUUUCUAGGUUGUUGCCCACAAUACUGAAAGAUAUGGCCCAAGCCCUGAGCUGAAUCCCUUAAACCCUUAUGUAAACUCCAUACCAUGACCCCCUUACUGCAGACAUACCUCAGUAGAACAUCCCUUUUCUCUCACUGUCUAUCAUAAGGACUAUGCAGUCCACUCUGUACGUAAGUUCCCCUAAUAAAUGCUUUGGACUGAUCA